AUGGAUGACGCCAUGAAUGGAGGAAACUUCAAACACUACAACACCGAACCGCCCGAGUCGAAAUAUAUCAUGCCGCUGUUCUCAUUAAAGGGCAAGACAGCCAUCAUCUCUGGAGCAGGACAAGGCAUCGGGUUGGCAGUAGCGCGAGGAUAUGCAGAAGCCGGCGCCAACGUUGCCAUAUGGUUUCAUUCGAACAAAAAGGCUCACCAACGGGCGGAAGAGAUUGAGAAGGAAUUCGGCGUCAAGUGUCGAGCAUACCAAGUCGACGUUCGAGACGCGGCGUCUAUCGACGAAGCCAUAGUUUCUCAAGUCAAAGAGUUCAACAAUCGACUGGACAUAUUCGUCGCCAACGCCGGCAUCCCCUGGACGCAAGGACCCAUGCUGGGAGGCGAGCUGGAGCACUAUCGAAACGUGAUGAAGAUCGAUGUCGACGGCGUCUUCUACUGCGCGAGAACGGCGGGCAGAAUAUGGAGAGAGCAGAAGAAGAAUAAGCUGGAAGGUUUCACCUAUGGGAAGUUUAUUGCAACUGCCAGCAUGUCUGGACAUAUUGCGAACAUCCCGCAACUGCAGACUGCCUACAAUGCUGCAAAGGCCAAUGUUAAGCACAUGUGCCAGUGUCUCGCGGUGGAGUGGGUGCAGUUUGCCAGGGCGAACAGUAUCUCUCCGGGAUACAUUGCGACCGAGAUCAGCAAUUUUGUGCCUCCUGAAACGAAGAGUAUCUGGAGAGACAAGAUUCCGAUGGGGCGUGAAGGGGAGCCAAUUGAGUUGGUGGGCGCGUACUUGUAUCUCGCUAGCGACGCAAGUUCCUAUACCACAGGGACUGAUAUUCUGGUCGAUGGGGGAUACUGUGCGCCAUAA